AUUCCAUGAUAAACACCGGAAGUACGUAUUGAGUUUCUUCUCCGCAAUUUAGGCUGAAACUUUUUGUUUUUCACUCACAGACCAAGCAGUGUUCUUAGUUACUAUACCUCAGUUUUACUAAUUAUACUGCUGUGAGUUUUUAAAGACGGUUCAACAAAGAUGUUGAUUAAAGUGAAGACACUUACUGGCAAGGAGAUAGAGAUUGAUAUAGAACCCACAGAUAAGGUGGAGCGAAUUAAAGAGAGGGUGGAGGAGAAGGAGGGAAUCCCUCCCCAACAGCAGAGGUUGAUUUACAGUGGAAAACAGAUGAAUGAUGAGAAAACGGCAGCGGACUAUAAGAUCCAAGGAGGCUCAGUUCUACACCUGGUCCUGGCCCUGAGAGGAGGAGGAGGAGGAAAAUGAAGAGCCUGCUCUGCUAAGACUUUUGACUCUCCUAAAAAACUGAUACAAUGCCUUCAAAAAUCCCAGCUUCGUUUAAAGCAAUUGCACAUUUAUACAGUGACAUUGAAGGCAACACAGAGGCAGAAACACUACAGAUCAAUUUGUGCUUCUGGUGUGUUUCCUGUAAAACCUUCCCACAGUGUAACGUUUGAAAAGCAGCUGCAAUACACUAAUUUUACUGAAGCUUUGUCUUUGCUUUCGGCUGCAGCAGGAAACUAGUCUUCGCAACUUUUGUUGUGCUCUGACACAAGCAAAGCUAAGUUUGAGUAUACUUCCUAAAAUAAUCCCUUAGAAAAAUUAAAAUAAGCCGAGCCAAGCAUAUUGUGAUCUUUAUGUAUCAUAGACCCCACGCUUCUCUUUCACCUACAGGCUGACUGGAUACGUUUGUGAGUGAUUAAACUGGUUUAGAAUAUGUUCCUCUUGUCUGUCUCACCGCCACCACAUCAACCAGUUUGUAGCUUCAGUUUACAAACACGUGAUCAGAAACACGAGGUUUACUUUACACAUUGCUGCGUCAGCUCAUGUUGAAAAGGCUUCAUUGAUGUGUGUUAAAAUUUUUGAAGCGUUUGAACAAAGAUGCAUAAAACUA